GAUCAGAAAAGAACGAGAGGAAGCUGCACAAAGUGCAAAGGAAGCAGAAGAAAAGCUACAGAGAGAAUAUGAUAUGUUAGAAAAGAUAGCAAAUGAAACAUUUGAAAAAUUAAAAUCUUUAGAGGAGACGGCACAGAAACAUGAAGAAAUUACAAAAGGCAUUAUGGAUUCUUUAAAGGAUCUUAAAGAGAAAAGUUGUUUUUGGCUAGGAACACAAAUAAUGCUUGAAUCUGGGAGAAUUAUUCAAAUGUCUGAACUUCAAGUAGGAGACAAAAUUUUGUCAAAUAUUAGGAAUGGAGUUUAUGAGUUUUCGGAUGUUUAUCUUAUUGGUCAUAUUG